AUUCCAUGAUCCCUCCCUUUCUCCCUCCCUCCAGUACUUGCUCAUUGCAUCUAGUUAGCACAGUGAUUUGUGUAUUAUUCUGAACAUCUCUUCUGCUCUACCCACGGCUGAGUACACUGCUGUACAUUUUGAACCUUGACGAAGUAAAACUGAAAAUGCUCAGCAUUGAGGUUUGGAGUGGUAAAGCUCUUGAGGAUCAGCUACUUGUUUGAAUGAACUGUGUAUGACCCACACUGUAAGUCUCAUGGGAUCAUGUGAGAUGUCUAAUACUUCUCUUGGAUGAGCACAUCUGGAUAAAAGUCUGUAUGAAGCUAUAAAGGUACUUACUGAUACAAGACUGCAAGAUAUUUGAUCUCCCAGCAAGGAUAUGGCUUCAAAUGAAAGAGAGAUUGUGGUUUGGGUUUGCCAGGAGGAGAAGAUUGUAUGUGGCCUGACAAAGCGCACAACUUGCUCAGAAGUGGUUCAAGCACUUCUUGAGGAACAUCAGACAACAUUUGGGGAGAAAAAGGUCCUUUUUGGAAAACCUAGUGAUUACUGCAUUGUGGAAAAAUGGAGAGGCUCUGAGCGAGUACUGCCUCCCUUGACAAAAAUUCUGAGACUUUGGAAGGCCUGGGGGGAAGAGCAGGCUAAUUUGCAUUUUGUGUUGGUAAAGUCAGAUGCUUUCCUCUCAUUUCCAUUGUGGAAGACAGCUGAAGCCAAAGUAGUGCAAAAUGUAGAAAAGCAAUGGGACCUCAGUCCAGCAAACUACAUGAAGAUGCUGCCAAUAGACAAGCAAAAGAAAAUAGUGAGGAAGACUUUCCGGAAACUGGCCAAGCUUAAGCAGGACAGUGUUCAGCAAGAGAGAGAUAAUAUGGAGACACUGAUUCAUCUGAUCAUUUCUCAAGAUCAUACCAUUCAUCAGCAAGUCCUUAGAAUGAAGGAACUGGAUAUGGAAAUUGAAAAAUGUGAAGCACAAUUCCAUCUAGAUCGUGUGGCCAAUGAUGGAGAAAAUUAUGUGCAGGACUCCUAUUUAAUGAUCAAUACGUGUGAGGCUGAGCAGCACGGGAGUAGGCCAGACGAUCAAAAAGAGAUGCAUGACUAUUUGAGUAAAAGUGAGGGAAUUUUACAGGUUGAAGAGAGACUGAAAYAUCACAAACAAUUAAUAGAGAACCUGUGUGCUGAAAUUGAAAGAGAGGUACACGGUAUAUGCACGGAAAAAAAUGGAGAUGAUGUUCUCACAGAAGGAGCCGCUAAUGCUGAACUGGAAACCUCGAAUCUGGAAAGUGUAAAAUAUGAGCUGGAAAAAAGUAUGAAAGAUGGUCUGAGAAUCAACUCAUACCUGAACUGCAUCCAGAAAGAACUUACAUACAGGGACUCACUGCUUCAAAAGAAGGAAAAAGAAUAUGAACUUCUUACAGAAGAAUUUAAUUUACUUCAUGUUAAAGACAACAUUGAAACCAUGCUUCAGUCAAAUGAAGAACCAUCCAAGGGCAGUGGCAUCUCCAGUAACAGCAKUGCUGUUCCUGACUUUGUUCAUAGAGUGACUAAUCUGGACAUAAAUGACACAGACUCUGACACUGGAAUCAGCUCUACACACAGUCAGGACUCUGAAAUAACGGCAGGUGACAUGGUGCUGUUGUCAACAUAGUUGAAAACAGUGGUGCAUUUUUGAAAAUUAUAUUUUGGAAGAUAUUUAUAAGAAUUAGCAAACCUGUUGUCUUGAAAAUUAAGCUCUUCAAGAUGUUAUAACUGUGGCACUGCUUUAGCAAAGUAAACAGUGUCUGUUUAUGUCCUUCAUAGUAUACUUGUGCUAGAAUGCAUGGGCUCACUGGUAAUAGGGGCAAAGUGAUUGGCUUUGCUACAUCAAGACAUUAGAUUUUGUAAUAUUGAUACUUAGUGAAUCGGGAGCAUUCUGACUGGCUUGUACCAAAAGUUUGGAGAUUUCAUAUUCUUUGAUCUUUUGGUCCACUGCUGCAUCUUUCUUAACUUUUUAGGAACGUGAAGUAGAGACUAGCAAAAACUAGACAGAGAGUUUGAUUUUCUGCUCUGUUACAUUAGCUUUAUGCACAUGGAGUUUCCCUGCCAGAAGCUGCUGUAAUAUAUAAUUGAGCACGUAAUCUAUUAAAAAAUAGUUUUUAUGAUAAUGUAGAAGAAAUAUAAUUGCAUUUAUGCUGUAUUUUUUAAUUUAGUUUAUAUAUAAUAGCAGGAUGAUAUUUCUAAAAACUCCUAGUCCCAUUUUAAAAAUCACCUUACACACAUGGGUUUUCAAUUUUGAUUCUCUUUCAGCAGCUUUUAUCUGCUUUUAAGAUCCUUAAACCCCCUACUUUUCUGCUGUUACCCUAUAGUUGCCCCAGUGAUGUUUAAGUCCACACAGCUCCUGCCAGCAGGCAUGUCAGAACUGCUUACGUCCUGCUUGUGUGAGACACUCAAAUCCCAGGCUCACACCUCACCCCAGGGGCAUUUUCAGCAAGGCUUUCUCCUGCCUAUCUCACCAGUUGGAUCUAGUGUCUUAAGCCUCCUCAAAUCAUGACUACCAAAAAAAGCGUAGCAGAAGCAACAGGCAGGAACCAGACAUUUUUUGUCUGUGGCUAGACACUGUUUCCCAAUAGCCAGCUAGCAAAUAUUUUCACAUAGCAAGUAGGUUUUGCAAAUCCCAUUUUAUACUGUUCGGGAGCAGGAACCUGUAAAUCAUACUUCCUCAGUGAGGACUUUUGGGUACAGCUAAAACUGAUCCACUUUAUAUAGCUAAUAAAAUAUUGGCUCCAGGUAAAUUUUUUUUUUUAAAUGAAGAAGGAAUGCAAAACAUGAGAAUUUUACAACUGUGUGGUUAAGUAAAAUUAUUUCAUUUAUUAUGUAGUASUUUAUCUCAAACCCUUCUCCAGCACACUGCUGUAAGUCCAAAGCAAAGCUGUAGAAUUGAGGUGUCUCCUCAGUUACCAAACAAGAUUUCUAACUCUGAGCUAGAGGCUAAGCUAAUAGAGAGCACAUGCAUAAUUUCUGGGCUGCCUUGUUUAUAAUUUGCAACUCAAUCUGUUUAAUACUUCAGAUUAAAGGAACUGAAUGGAGAAAUAAUUAAAAUAUUUCUGAAAAAGGUUCAGCCCUGCAAAAUUUAAGUAGAUUGUGGAAUUAACAGCCUGCAAAGUAAACGAGUGGAUGGUAUCUAGAAGAUAAAAGUAAAAUUAAUUCAGACACACUGUUUUCUUUUUCUGUAAUUUUCUUCUCCUAAAUGUCUGUCAGCCAUGUGUUUUCUAAAAUGACCAAAGUGUUAGGACUGCUGAUUAACACAUAUUUAAUGCAGAAAAACAAAAAAAGGACAAAAAAAGCCUUUACGAAAAAGAAA